ACGUAGCGCGCCACUCCUCUCCUCCAUGCGUCACGUGACAUCUGUAGGAGCCGCAAACAGCGCGAGUCUCAUCAUCAGCACCGCAUCGCCAGGCUAGCAGCCUUGAGACCCAACGACCAACCGACCCUCAGUAGUCAGUCAUCACAUAGACGAUUCUAACGGAGUAGACUAGACUCCUAACGAGGCCAUGGCGGGGCCCUGGUAAACCGACAAACAGAUUUAUUCUCUUUGUUCGUCUCGACGCACCGCUCGGCGCCACCGAGGAGGGGCCGCCAAAUAUCGCUCUCUCUCUGUGGCGGAGCAGAGGAGGGGAGACGGUAACAGAGAACCAAGGGAUUUUUCUACGGGAUAAUCUAAUGGCAGAGCGCGAGGCGUCGCCGUUACCACUGGAAGUUCGUGCCCGGCUGGCGGAGCUUGAGCUUGAGCUGUCAGAGGGUGACAUCACACAGAAGGGUUAUGAGAAGAAGCGGUCUAAGCUGAUAAGGGCCUACGUUCCUCAUCCCGGAGGUAUGGAGGGUAUGUCUCAUCGCCCACCCUUCGGUCCCCCUUCUGCAGCUCGCUUCCACAGACGGCGCUCUUCCGGAACACGCGAUGAACGCUACCGUUCAGACGUCCACAGCGAGGCGGUUCAGGCUGUGUUAGCUAGACAUGUGGAGAGCAAGGUGGCCGUGCCCAUGCCCUCCAAACGACGAUCACUGGUGGUACAGACAUCCAUGGAUGCCUACACACCCCCAGGCCUGUCCCCUCUGUGCUCAGACUCCUCGUCGGGCUCGGAAGAAGAGGCGGAGCCAGGCGACGACAUGCCCGGGAUGGAACACUGGAUGGGUCGCCCCGCCCACCUAGGUCCGGCCCACCUGGGCUCCACCUCCUCGUCCUCCUCUUCCACCCAGAGUGGCGGUAGCGGUAACGCGGGGCGACUGGCCGACUCGCUCGCGCACACACACCUCUCGCACCCCCACCUGGCUCACACGCACCUCACCCACCCGCACCUGAGCCAGUCGCACCACGCGUCCACCCACCACUCCCAGACCCAUCACGGUAUAAGCCACUUGUCCCUGAAGCGGAAGGCAGCUCUGGGCGUGGCAGAGAACGGGGGCUCUCUCAGGAGGUCCUGCGAGUUUGGCUCUGAUAUGCUUUGGCCUCCGCCUCUGGAGUCUGAUGAGAAUCACUCUGCUCCACCUGAUGUGUCUGGGUAUUCGUCUGACUCCUCCCACUCCCACCCCCACUCAGAGCGCCACAUAGGAACCAUCGCCCGGAACACCCAGAAGUAUGGCAACGCUGAGCGCAUGGAAACCGGGGACGGGGUCCCGGUCAGCAGCCGCGUGUCGGCCAAGAUCCAGCAGCUGGUGAACACCCUGAAACAGCCCCGCAGGCCCCCGCUGAGAGAGUUCUUCGUCGACGAUUUCGAAGAGCUAUUAGAAGUCCAGCAACCGGAUCCCAAGCAGCCGCGUCCGGAGGGGGCAGAGAUGUUGGCGGUGAGAGGGGAGGCGCUGGGGGUGGUGACCAACUGGCCGCCCUCCCUGGAAGCGGCCCUACAACGCUGGGGUACAAUCAGCCCCAAAGCCCCCUGCCUCACCAGCCUGGACACCACCGGAAAACCGCUAUAUGUUCUCACAUAUGGAAAGCUGUGGUCUCGGAGUAUCAAGUUGGCCUAUAACAUCCUCCACAAGCUGGGCAGCAAGCAGGAGGCCAUGGUGCGCCCGGGGGACAGGGUGGCGCUGGUGUUUCCUAACAACGACCCAGUGGCCUUCAUGGUGGCUUUCUACGGCUGCCUGCUGGCUGAGGUGGUCCCAGUGCCCAUAGAGGUGCCCCUCACACGCAAGGACGCUGGCAGCCAGCAGAUUGGAUUCCUGUUAGGGAGCUGUGGUGUUACCGUGGCGCUGACCAGCGAUGCCUGUCACAAAGGACUGCCCAAGAGCGCCACAGGAGAGAUACCCCAGUUCAGAGGAUGGCCCAAGUUGCUCUGGUUUGUAACCGAGUCCAAGCAUCUCUCCAAACCACCUAGAGACUGGUUCCCUCACAUCAAAGAUGCCAACAAUGACACGGCAUACAUAGAGUAUAAAACAUGCAAAGAUGGGAGUGUCCUGGGGGUGACCGUCAUGAGGAUCGCUCUGCUUACUCACUGUCAAGCCCUCACACAGGCCUGUGGCUACACAGAAGCGGAGACCAUAGUGAAUGUUCUAGAUUUCAAAAAGGACGUGGGACUGUGGCACGGAAUCCUCACGAGUGUGAUGAACAUGAUGCAUGUGAUCAGCGUCCCCUAUUCUCUGAUGAAGGUCAACCCGUUGUCCUGGAUACAGAAGGUCUACCUCUUCAAAGCUAAGGUAGCGUGUGUGAAAUCCAGGGACAUGCACUGGGCUCUGGUGGCUCACAGAGAACAGAAGGACAUCAGUCUGAGUUCACUCCGGAUGCUGCUGGUCGCGGACGGAUCAAACCCCUGGUCUAUCUCGUCCUGCGAUGCGUUCCUCAAUGUAUUCCAAAGUAAAGGCUUGAGGUCAGAGGUCAUCUGUCCCUGUGCCAGCUCUCCAGAGGCCCUGACCGUCGCCAUCAGAAGGCCGGUGGAGGACUGUAGCCAGCCCCCGGGCCGAGGCGUCCUCUCCAUGCAGGGCCUGAGCUACUGCGUGGUCCGCGUCGACACGGAGGAGCGUCUGUCCGUCCUGACCGUGCAGGACGUGGGUACCGUCAUGCCCGGAGCCCUGGUGUGUGUGGUGAGGCCGGAGGGCGUGCCGCUGCUGUGCAAGACGGACGAGAUCGGGGAGCUGUGUGUGUGUUCCGUCGCCACGGGGACCUCCUACUACGGGUUAACGGGGAUGACCAAGAACACCUUCGAGGUGUUCCCUGUGUCGGCCAGCGGAGGUCUGGUCAGUGAGUAUGCGUUUGUGCGUACGGGCCUGCUGGGCUUUGUGGGUCCAGGGGGCCUGGUGUUUAUCUCCGGCAAGAUGGACGGUCUUAUCACGGUCAGCGGACGCAGGCACAAUGCUGACGACAUCGUUGCUACGGCGCUGGCUGUUGAGCCAAUGAAAUUUGUCUACAGGGGGAGGAUAGCUGUGUUCAGUGUCACUGUGCUUCGUGAUGAGCGUAUCGUGGUUGUAGCAGAGCAGAGGCCAGACUCAACUGAAGAGGACAGUUUUCAGUGGAUGAGCCGCGUUCUGCAGGCAAUAGACAGUAUACAUGGUGUGGGUGUGUUUUGCUUGGCGUUAGUCCCGGCCAACACCCUCCCCAAGACGCCCCUGGGGGGCAUCCACCUGUCAGAGACCAAACAGCUGUACCUCGAGGGGGGGCUGCACCCCUGUAAUGUCCUCAUGUGUCCUCACACCUGUGUGACUAACCUACCCAAACCACGGCAGAAACAGCCAGAGAUCGGUCCAGCCUCCGUGAUGGUGGGCAACCUGGUGUCGGGGAAGAGGAUCGCCAUGGCCAGUGGCAGAGACCUGGGGCAGAGUGAUGACAACGACCAGUUCCUGUUCCUGUCGGAGGUGCUGCAGUGGAGAUCUCAGACCACGCCUGACCACAUCCUCUACACACUCCUUAGCUCCAGGGGGGCUGUGUCCAGUUCUUUGACUUGUCUUCAGCUCCACAAGAGGGCAGAGAGAGUGGCUGCUCUGCUUCUAGAGAGAGGAGGACUCCAGGAGGGAGAUCACGUAGCUCUGGUCUACCCACCAGGCAUCGACCUUAUUGCCGCGUUCUAUGGUUGUCUCUACGCCGGCUGUGUGCCCAUCACGGUCCGACCUCCCCACCCGCAGAACAUCUCCACCACACUGCCCACGGUCAAGAUGAUAGUGGAGGUCAGUCGGUCAGCUUGUGUGAUGACGACAGCUGUCAUCUGCAAGCUGCUCCGGUCUAAGGAGGCGGUCGCCACAGUGGACAUCAGGAACUGGCCUCCCGUCCUCGACACGGAUGACCUGCCGAAGAAGAAGCCUCCAGCACUCUACAAGCCCAGUAAUCCUGAUGCCUUGGCCUACCUGGACUUCAGCGUGUCCACUACUGGCAUGCUAGCUGGUGUACAGAUGUCCCAUAAUGCAGUUGGAGCGUUCUGUCGGUCGGUGAAGCUGCAGUGUGAGCUGUAUCCCUCCAGGGAGGUAGCCAUCUGUCUGGACCCGUACUGUGGCCUGGGGUUUGUCCUCUGGUGUCUCUGCAGUGUGUAUAGUGGCCACCAGUCCAUCCUGAUCCCUCCAGUAGAGUUGGAGUCUAACCCGGCCCUGUGGCUGCUUGCAGUGAGCCAGCUCAAAGUCAGAGACACCUUCUGUUCCUACAGCGUCAUGGAGCUCUGCACCAAAGGACUGGGUCUGCAGACAGAAGCACUGAAGGCCCGGGGCCUGGACCUGUCCCGUGUGAGGGCGUGUGUUGUGGUAGCGGAGGAGAGACCCAGGAUGUCUCUGACCCACUCCUUCUCCAAGCUGUUCAAAGACCUCGGUCUGCACCCCCGCUCAGUCAGCACAGCAUUCGGCUGCAGGGUGAACCUGGCGAUCUGUCUGCAGGGUACCUCAGGGCCGGACCCCACGACAGUGUACGUGGACAUGAGAGCUCUGCGCCACGAUAGGGUUCGGCUGGUGGAGCGAGGUUCCCCCCACAGCCUUCCUCUCAUGGAGUCAGGAAAGAUCCUGCCGGGAGUACGCAUCAUCAUCGCCAACCCGGAGACCAAGGGACCUCUGGGAGAUUCCCACCUAGGAGAGAUCUGGGUCCAUAGUGCCCAUAACGGCAGUGGUUACUACAGUGGUUAUGGGGAGGAGGUCCUGCAGUCCGACCACUUCACCUCCAGGCUCAGCUUCGGGGACACGUCCACCGUCUGGGCUCGCACUGGCUACCUGGGCUUCCUGCGACGCACGGACCUCACCGACGCCAGCGGAGAGAGGCACGACGCGCUGUACGUGGUCGGGGCGCUGGAGGAGGCCAUGGAGCUGAGGGGGAUGAGGUACCACCCGAUAGACAUAGAGACCUCCGUCAUCCGGACCCACAAGAGCAUCAUGGAGUGCGCGGUGUUCCCCUGGACCAAUCUGCUGGUGGUCGUGGUGGAGCUGGAAGGCUCGGAGCAGGAGGCCCUGGACCUGGUUCCCAUGGUGACCAAAGCCGUGCUGGAGGAGCACUACCUCAUCGUCGGGGUUGUCGUGGUGACGGACAUCGGGGUUAUCCCCAUCAACUCUCGCGGGGAGAAGCAGCGCAUGCACCUCCGUGACGGCUUCCUGCAGGACCAGCUGGAUCCCAUCUAUGUGGCGUACAACAUGUAGCGUGGCGCGUGUGUGCGUGCGUGCGUGUGUGUGUGUGUGCGUGUUAGCAUGCGUGUGUAUGCAUAUGUGCGUGUAUAUCGCCGGUGUUGUUCAUUUCUGAUCGAGACGUACUGUAUUUCAUUUUUUUUUUUCAAUCGCUGUCACGUUACGGGGGGCGCGGCGCCGGCCCGGGGAUUCCUGGGUCGCGGCGUGACGGAGGCGUGACUAUUUCUGCACCACCCGGGAAGACCGGACUCACAGACAGGAAGUCACUGUACAAAGCCUUAGAGGAACACUGUGACGGACAGAGACUAGACCACUGCUCAUCGUUUAGGCCAGGGGGUAUGGAGAGAGCGGGGACGUUAUCCCUGAACAUAUCUGUUUCACCACCAAGUAGACGCUCGGAUUAGAGUCAUAAAAGUAUAUUGUUCAGAUUAGUGUAAAAAUAUAAAUAUUGUACAUAGACAUAAUGAUCUAUAUGGAUAGAACGCUAAAAGACACUAAGGAUUAGCCCUGUAAUACUGCUCUCUCCACCUCCACCCUGUGUGUGUGUGUGUGUGUGUGUGUGUGUGUGUGUGUGUGUUUGAUACAGUGAACCCUUACAAGAAUCACGUUCGGCCCCUUGACAAUUUGUUUCCUGAAACUGAUUGACUCCUGAAUGCCAACGUAAAUGCAUCGCCAAGUUAAUCCAAUAGGAGGAUACGAAUGUUCCCACACCGUGUUGUUUUGCUGGCAUUUGACGAUGGUAAUAUGUGAUUCUGCUAAGCAGAGUGCCCAGUAAGUAGCAGUGGGGGGU